UUUAGGAGACCAAUAAAUUCAAACAGUAACAAUGUACCCGGUAGAAGAUAUUGUAAUGCCAGAAAAGAAAGGUCAUUGAAAUGGCAGAAAAGGAGCACAAGGAACAAAAGAUUGGCAGUCAGCUGUCAGGAGAGUCUAUAAAAGUCAUUGCUGAAUCAGUGGGAAUCAGUGGAAUACCUGAUGACGCAGCGAGUGUUCUGGCUGAAGACAGCAGCUACAGACUCAAACAGAUUAUUCAGGAAGCUGUGAAGUUUAUGCAUCAUGGUAAAAGACUUAAAUUAUCCACAGCUGACAUAGAUCAUGCAAUGAGAGCUGAAAACAUUGAGCCUCUCUAUGGAUUUGAGGCCGGGGACAGUAUUCCUUUCCGGUUUGCCAGUGGUGGCGGGAGAGAACUACAUUUCAUUGAAGAAAAAGAAUUUGAUCUACAGGACGUCGUGAAUUCAACAUUGCCUAAAAUACCUGUGGAUAUUUCCUUAAAAGCCCACUGGCUCUGUAUUGAUGGAAUCCAGCCCUCCACUGCAGAAAAUCCUCCCCCGGCCUCCAAGGACCAACAACAGAAGGAAAUUCUGGACACAACGAUAAAGAAAGUGAUCGACAAACAACAGAAAGUGCCUCCUGUAGCAGAACCUAGCAAAAUCAAGCACAAACACAAAGCCAUUACUGACCUCGCCAAGGUCAAGGACCUGUCUACACACGAACUCUCUGUGGAACAGCAGCUGUACUAUAAGGAGAUAACAGAGGCCUGUGUAGGACCAGAUGAAGCCAGGAGAUCGGAAGCACUGCAGAGUUUGGCUAGUGACCCUGGUCUGCAUCAGAUGCUGCCCAGAUUCAGUACUUUUAUAUCAGAAGGGGUUAAAAUAAAUGUAGUACAGAACAAUUUGGCCCUGCUUAUUUAUCUAAUGAGGAUGGUAAAAUCUAUCAUGGACAACCAGACACUCUAUCUUGAAAAAUAUCUUCAUGAGUUCAUUCCGGCAGUGUGUACCUGUAUUGUCAGUAAACAGUUGUGUAUGAGACCAGAGGUUGAUAAUCACUGGGCACUACGAGACUUCGCGGCGCGUCUAAUGGGACAAAUCUGCAAGAAUUUCAGCACUAGCACCAACAAUAUCCAGGCCCGUAUCACUAAAACAUUCACCCAGGCAAUACAGAGUGAGAAGGCAGCCCUGGCUACUCAGUAUGGAGCUAUAGCUGGUCUGGGGGAAAUGGGAUCUGAGGUCAUCAAGUCCUUUUUACUCCCGCAUGUGAAGGACAUUGGGGAGAAGGUACAGAGUGUGUUGGAGGGCCCUAUCCUCAAUGCUGCAGAUAAGAUAGCAGGAGAAAAUAUCAAGAAGUCACUGGCUAAAUACCUGUCCCCCGUACUAAAGGCUCUGAAGGGGGCGGGGGCGUCUGUGGACGAUUAUGUCUCUGAGUUUGGGUCCCUGGGGAACCUGCUCCACACAGCUGUGGGGAGGGAAAGGAAAUCCUCUGGAAACCAGGGAAAUCAGCUGGCCAAGGCGGCGGCAGGGACGUCCACACAAGACAGAACACGGCCAAUGGUCACAAUCCCAACGCCACGAUCCCAGUUUGUUAUCCAGCAAUCAUCAUCACUUGGCAGUCUGCCAGGAACACCCAAAACCCCACAAGGAGGUAUCCGUACACCAGGGACACCCUCUGUAAUCCAGGGAGGUCAGCCCAAAACACCCAGCACCCCAGGGCAACAAAAGUUUAUAGUCAUGACAUCACAGGCCAGACCAAGCAACAAUGGACAGUCAGAUAAACCCCUCUCUAUAAGUUCAGGGACACCUACAGUUGUCAAGGUUAUGUCAGGAAGUGCUCAAGGUCAAAUGCCAACAGCAGUGCCAAGGACACCCACCACACCCAAAAUUGUGGUGAUGUCAAUGUCGCAAGGAAAUUCCUCCAUCGCGGGACAAUCAGGAGGAAAUAGUCAGGACUUGGGCAUGAGAAGUGUGUUCAGUGAACAGUUAAAUAACAUGAAAAAGGAAAGUGAAAAUGGUUGAAUGAAGGUGGCUGAAGGUCAAGGAAUACAUAUGUAGCAGAUUAUAUGACAAUGAAAUGUGUUAUUUAAAAGGCAGACUCAGUGUAUUUAAAAAAAAAAUCCACCCAAAAAAAAAAUCAAGAAAGAAAAAGUAAAAAUGUAUAACAAACAUAUGUUUCAUUUUAUUAUUCUUCUUUGUUAAUUUGGAGAGAUAAGCCUCCAAAAUGGAAGAAAUAGUACGUUGUUUCCUACUGACCACUGACAGACACAUCAGUGCAGAUCUGUACUUGCUGGUCUGAAAAAAAUCAAUAUAUUUUUUGGAGAGCUACAAUUCUGCAGUCUUGUAGAGUUUUCCGUAUAAUAGGUGUGGUACUUUUUAUAAAAAUAGUAUUUCUUGUCUAAAAGUGUCAGAAUCUUUAUUGAAACUAUAUAAAGUAGAUUCCAAAUUGUAUUACCUUAUUGUACAUUAAACAAUCUAGAAAACAAACCUCUAUAAAUUGAUUUAAUGACUAUUGCUAGACAGUAUGGUCAGAGGAAAUGCAGACUGAAAGACAUGUCAAAAAUAAAUCAUCCAAACGCACCACCUUCAU